AUGCAAAGUGCGGCACGGAAGUGGCAGUCAGACCUGCGCCAUCUAGUCCUCCUCGCUCCAUCCCACGAUGCAGCCCACCCCGAACAGAGACAAAGCUUUACGGCCGUUGCAAAUCCUACGUUGGCUACUUUGCUUCCGCCGCCUACGACACCUCACUACGUCUCCAACGGGACUCGGCGAUCCUCUCUCGAAACUGAUGUCGGACUCGCAUCUGGUGAACUCCGCUCUCACCUAUCCGAAGCCGUCCGAAGCCGUCGUCCCUAUGGCAUCAUGUCUACUGUACCUUUUCUCUUUUCGACGCAGGCUCUGUGCGUUCUGGUGCGGCUCAAACCACCCAUCACCUUCAAGCGUCCGCCCGCCCCUGGAAUGACAGGUGCCCCCUAG